AUGCUGCUGCUGCAUGACCUGCCCCACAACUAUAGAGAAAUUGAAGGUACCAAAAUCCUAUCAAGAGCCUUUGAGUCCAAUGAGGUACUAACUCAGCUUCAAAUUCCUUCUUGUCCAACUGUCUCACAAGACAGAUAUAAAGAGUUCAGGGAAUCCUUUCACUGCUGCAAGCUUCCCUGGGGAGCAGAAAGGGAGCAUGGAGGAAUUGCACAACCUGUAUUGCCAGAAGACUACAGGGCAAAGGACAAGUCUCCACGUACAUUUGUUGAAGGGCAUCAACAUUACGGUAGUGGUGUAGACCCUUGGUCAAGAGGCCUUCGCCCUGAGUAGUACUAUGAUGUCACCCAGCUGAAAAAAAGUUAUAUGUGUAUAAAUGAUGAACUGCUUUGUAAACCACCAGACAGUUUGGCUAAACCACUAUGCCUGCCAUUUCACACCUCUCAUCCCUACCAGACACACAUCUUUAGGUAUGUCAUGUUCCCAAACUUCAGAUCACCUGAGGAUCGAGAUACUGGGAUCGAUGCAAGAAGUCAUCAGCCUUUCCAUCCCAAUAUCCCUACCAAGACUUUUGAUGUGGUUGUUCUGAGGAAGACCAGAGGUAAUCCAUAUAGGCAUGAAGUUGCCAGUGCUCCAACUCCCGGAAGAAGGCUGUGCACUGUCGGGACAGCACACUUUCCUAAGUUUGCUGAAGAAAAGGGUCAAAUAUACUAUCCAAAUCCAGCAAAGAUAGUCGCCCCCAACUCCACUUUUAAAGAGCUAGAACAUAACCUCUCUCCAAGAACAACCAAUAUGCUACAAAACACUGAAAGGGCUCUGGGGAUCACAACAUACAGUCGGGACUUCACAGAUAAGCAUUUUUUUCUCUCACAAGUGAGACCUCUUGAAGGGUGCACUGCAUGUUUACUUCAAGGUCAAUGUCCCCAUGAAUCAAUUCUGCAAGAACAGUACUCCUCCAGUGUUCAGAUGCCUCCACCUUUAUUCAGGGUUCCUACUACAGCACUGCUGGAACUGCAGUAUUCCUUCUCUAAGACAGCAGCACAAAAACGUUUUCAUGAUUCCACAACAGGAGAAAAAGACCUCAGAGAUAAC